ACUGAGUGAGCAUCGUCCUCAUCAUCAUUCAUCACAGAAGCACAAAUGAUGAAGUAUGGCUGCACCCUAAAAUAUCUCCUCAUGUUUUAACCAGAACCAUGGUUAAAACAUUUCCACUCGAACGGAAUACUUUUUCACCAUGAGAAUUCACUGCAAGAUUGUGGUGAUAGCGAUAUGUUUCGGAGUUUUCCUACUUUUGUACUUUUUCGGGGGCAACGCUGCGGACGAGCCGCCGUUAAAAGAAGUUGCGAAAGAAAAACAUUUCCCAUUUUCGCUUGACAUCGAGGACAUCGCACCGGUGAAAGAAACGAAACAACCCCCAGAAGAGCCGCAAAUACCAGCGAAACUAAUCCGCAAAACUGACCGCAAAGAGCCAAAGUUGAACAGCAGAGGAGGGAAUGUCAGCGCAAAGACUGGUCAGAAGAGUGAGAUGAGGCAGCCUGGGUCAAAGGUCAACCAAGCAGAGGAUGUCAUGCACCUGGCGGUGGUGGCUUGUGGGAACCGUCUAGAUGAAACGCUCACUAUGGUGAAGUCGGCACUGCUCUUCAGCAUAAAGAAGAUUAAGUUUCACAUCUUUGCAGAGGAGGACUUGGCCGAACAGUUUGAAAAAGGGUUCAGUCAGUGGCCCCUGACAGUGUCCUCCAAGUUUCACUACACCAUAUAUCCAAUCACCUUCUCUGUGGGGAAUGCCGAAGAAUGGAAGAAGCUCUUCAAGCCAUGUGCCGCCCAGAGGCUAUUUCUUCCUGUUAUCCUGAAGGAUGUGGACUCGCUGUUGUACGUAGACACAGAUGUUCUCUUUCUUCGGCCUAUGGAUGACAUCUGGAAGUUUCUGAAGGCUUUCAACAGCUCUCAGCUAGCUGCCAUGGCUCCUGAACACGAGAUUCCCAAGAUUGGCUGGUACAGUCGCUUUGCACGACACCCCUUUUAUGGAGUGACAGGGGUCAAUUCAGGGGUCAUGCUAAUGAACCUCACACGGAUUCGUAGUACUAUGUUCAGGAACAGCAUGAUCGCCAGAGGCCUGUCAUGGGAAAAUCUGCUUCACCCUCUUUAUCAGAAAUAUAAGAUCCACAUCACUUGGGGAGACCAAGACCUCCUCAACAUAAUCUUCCAUUACAAUCCAGAGUGUAUUUACAUAUUUCCAUGCCAGUGGAACUACAGGCCAGAUCACUGCAUGUAUGGAAGCAACUGCAAGGCAGCGGAGGAGGAAGGGGUGUCCAUUCUUCAUGGUAACCGUGGAGUGUAUCAUGACGACAAGCAACCCGCCUUCAGGGUGGUGUACGACGCCAUUCAUGAAUAUCCUUUUGAGGAGAACAUGUUCCAGUCUUUGUUUUACCCUCUUCAAACCACAUUCCUUGACACAGUUAACACCCUCUGUGGACGAAUUCCACAGGUGUUCCUCAAACAGAUUGAGAAGACCAUGAGAGCUGCUUAUGAGAAAAAAGUGGUCCGCCAUGUCCGACCGCCACACAAGUAAUGAGUCUUGACUGUUCAGAGAGCACUUUUUCAACAAGGAAAAAUCUCUACCUGCUACUUAGAUCAGAGUGGUGACAUGUAAUGCCAGAGGCAAGCAACAUGUGGUCCAUCUGCCUUUGUCUGAAGUUCACUAGCCAGAGGAAUUUGAAAUAUUGGAAACAAAUUCCGUUUUGAGCAGCAGUUCGACUCCUGAGAUUGGGUUGCCUUGGAAUUGCUCAGUGGAUUGAUGCAGCAAUGUAAGAGGAAUACCUACGGAAUAAAUGCUACAGAAAGUCCUUGAUUAUCAAACCUCUGGCACAGAAAUGUAAUCAAGUGAAUUAACGAGUGGGUAAUCAACCACCUAAAUGUUACUGAAGAUAAUUAUUUUUAAUGAAAGUAUAUCACAGACUCUUAUGCAAAGCUUUUUUAGCAAAUCCAAAAAUAUGGGUUCAGAGCUGUCGAUAUAAUUUAUAUUUUUUUCUGCAUCUUGUUCAUUAUGUACAGUAUUUCACUAUUGGAUUAUUGGGUUUCUAAUUGGAUAAAAAUUCUAAACAGAUACACCAAUUUGUUUGUGUAUUAAAAGCAUGAUACAGCCUUGUUUUUCAAGCCACAAAAAUGAUAUAGCAUGGCCAGACAACCAAAGAGGACUAGCUUGUCAGCCUUUUAGAGCUCAAUAAGACACCAAGCACAGCCCCUACAUUACAAAGCCCUACUAGUGGAUGCUCUCACUGUUUAUAAGAUUGUUAGUGUGGCAAAAAAAAUGUCAGGGGUUUUUCUUUUUGGGGGGGUUGACACUGUAUAUUUUAAUAUAUAUAUAUUAGAGCUGUCGAAUUUAACGCGUUAAUAAUGCGUUAACGCAAUAUUCCUUUAAUGCCACUAUUUUUUAUGCCGUUAAUUUGCGUCCUUAUAUGACCCUUUUAAUAAACCAUGCAUUGACUGUCGUGAAAGCAGAUGGUGGGAGAUAUUAUGCUGAGACCUGUGCCAAGCAGUUUAUCAGUGUAGCUGGGGAACAUUUAGAAUGAAGUAAACACACAAAAAAAACCUAGUUAGUGCUCAUAACAUGACAGCAGCAGCCAUUUGAACACCUGCCUUACGCUGCGCACCAGAGUUUCAGUGCUUGCCAACGUGUCCAGGAAUGAUAAAGUUUGCUGGAUAAAUUGGAAAAAAUCUGCUCAUCUCAUCUCUAAGCACGCACGUUUGAAGAUCUGUUAAUUCAGGUAUUACACUAAAUUACUUCGAAUUCUGCUCGUAAUAUCAUGUUUGUGCUUGGAUUAAAUGCAAGUAUAAUUAAGAGUGUGUAUGUGCUUUCUUAAUUUACUUUUUGUGCUACAUCAUUUAAUAAAGCACUGACAUAGGCCUAAUGAUUAAUGUGUCAUUAUACCAGAGUCUCUCCGACGAAAUCCAUACACAACUGGUCAAAAAAGAAGCAUAAUACCAACAAUUACAACGGUGAUGUGUCUCACUUUUCCACUUCUGACUGAAUCACCCCAAACGAGUGCGAGCCAUUCUUUUAUGUUGUUUGUUUACAUGUUAUCAUGAAUUAACUCUCCAAUUAAGUUUCUGUCAUUAGCACAUUUAAUCCCACCGAACGGGCUGAAAGGGGACUAAAAAGAGUUGUCGAUGUAUUUUACACAGAGUUGUCAAUUGUAAAUGACAGUGCAGACUUUUUUGCACAUCAGUGGUGCAAAUAGUCACAUAACCAGAGCUAUAAUUCCACUGUGCACCUCUAAAGAUUGUCUGUUAAAACACCAUAAAAGGAAGGAAAUAUGUCCUGUCAUAAUACACAUAAAACUAAUAUAUAUAUACACAGUGCAUCCGGAAAUUGUUCACAGCACUUCACUUUUUCCACAUUUUGUUAUGUUACAGCCUUAUUCCAAAAUUGAUUAAAUUCAUUAUUUUCCUCAA